AUGGUUUAUUCAUGCAUAAGGUUUUCUCAACGGAUUCGUCCGAUAUUACGGAAUUUUAAAUCAUCUGCUUUUGGCAAUGCUCGUGAUUACAUAGAAAAGAUUUUAGGCAGACCUCUACAAGCCUUUGAUUUUUACUGGGCUAUCGUGGUUUGCAAUGUCCUGGUCUUUCUUGCUCUUAACAGUCAAUUUUCCUCUACUCUUCUACCUUAUUUCUGCAGCAGUCCAUAUGGGUCCACUCCUGUAUUAUCACUGGUGCUUAGUUUAUUUUCGCACAAAAGUCUAUUCCAUUUGGGUAUCAAUAUGUAUGUUUUGCACAGUUUCGCAUCAUCAGUUAUGUCGCUUGUCGGUGUUGAGGAUUUCUUCAGUGUUUUUAUUGCUGGUGGAAUCUUCUCAGGUUAUAUCAGUUUGAUGAAUAAAUUACUACGGAGAUCUACAUUUCCAUCAUUAGGUGCCAGUGGAGGUAUAUGCGCUAUUAUUGGUGCAUUUUCUAUGCUUCAGCCAAAUGCUAGGUUAUGUGUACCGUUUAUUGUUGACUUUAUACCUCAUUCAUUUCAAGCGAGCAGUGCAGUUUGGAUUAUUCUUAGCAUUGAAAUAUUUGGGCUUAUAUUCUUGAGUCGUCGUAGCGCAUUAGAUCACGCUGCACAUGCUGGUGGUUUGAUCUUUGGCAUGCUGUAUGGUAGCAAUGGUGUUGAAUCAAUUUGGAAACGACAUCGUGCUGUAUUAUCUUGGUGGAAGAAUAUUCGUGAUUAA